AACAGAGAACUGGCCGUUCCAGAGUUCAGUGACCGGCGCCUACGCUCCUUCCUGAAAAUCUGCUUGAUGUUGAUGGCAACGCUGGAGUCUUGAAUCCUAGGAACGAUUUUCAUUCAAUAUUAAACCAAAAAAACUUGAUACACUGUCUCUCUCUCAUGGGAUUUCAGCAAAGUACCCAACACCACACCAGCGCCGGCGGUGUUAACUCCGGCGAGGGCUUCUCCCACCACCAGCGUGUGCAUAGUCCUAGCUACAAUGGCUCCAUGACUCGGCGAUGCCACUCGUUUAAGCGCAACGGUGUAAACGGCGGCGAGAUCGAUCCCCAGACAAGCUCCCCUCAUUCUUCCUCCGAUAGCGCUGGCGGCAGCCCUGCAGAGCCCUCGUCGCCGAUUGCGGUUUCUCCGGGUGCAGAGCGGCGGCACCAUGGACAUAAUGUUCGCUCCCGGUUCGGGAUGCAGAUUAUGGGGAAAGAUGUGUUCAAGAAACCAGCGUCAGGAGUUCCGUUUAGGAAUAGAAGACGACUGGGGAAUGUUUUGUUCUUGAUGUUUUGCAGCGUUGUUUUGUUUUUCGGAUUGAUGAAGAUUUUUGGCGGUAGUUGGCGCGGGUCUUUUGUUUUCGAGACAGCCGAGCUGCACCAGGAAUUAUUGAGUGAAAUGACUGGUCAGAAAGCGGGUUUAUCAUCUAGCCAUGGAAGUAAGCACUCAGAGAUCUGGGCUGAGCCAAACAGUGAAAAUUUUAAGAAGUGCAUUGAACCAGCAUAUUAUAAAAAGCUUGAUGCUAUGACAAAUGGCUAUAUUCUAGUUAAUGCAAACGGAGGUUUGAAUCAGAUGAGAUUCGGGAUCUGUGACAUGGUUGCUGUUGCCAAGCUUAUGAAAGCCACACUUGUUCUUCCUUUGCUCGAUCAUAAAUCCUACUGGGCAGAUGAUAGUAAUUUCAAGGAUCUUUUUGAUUGGAAAUAUUUUAUUGAGACCUUAAAGGAUGACGUUCAUAUAGUUGAGACUCUGCCUGCUGGCUUCAGAGAGAUUGAACCAUAUAUGAUAACUCCUAUAUCUUGGUCUAAGGUGAAUUAUUACAAAGAAGAUGUCCUCCUUCUAUUGAAAAAACACAGAGUUUUAUUCUUCACUCAUACUGACUCUAGGCUUGUUAACAAUGGACUUCCGACCUCUAUUCAGAAACUGAGAUGUAGAGUAAAUUAUAAGGCACUGAAAUAUUCUGCUCCCAUUAAGGGCUACGGGGCAUUCUUAGUAUCAAAGAUGCGGCAAGAUGGACAACCAUAUGUUGCACUUCAUUUAAGCUGCAUGCAUCUGAGAGCUGUUGAUUCUGUAAAUAGUCUCUAA